AUGGACAAGGCACUGAAGUCAGAGAUAGAAGGGGUAGAGGAGAUUGAGUCAUGUUUUAUAGCACCCAGUGAGGACACGCCUAGACAAGGGCUCUGGCUCUCUCCCCUCGACAUCGUCCUGGCCAACAGAGGCCAUACCCCUAAUGUUUACUUCUACCGACGUGAUGUUGUUGCUGCCAGCGUGCAAUGCCGAGGGUGCACUCUUCGUCGUGGCCCCAUAUCUACCAAGAUCUUCACCAUCUCUGUGCACCAGCUUGUAGCCCUUAAACGAAUCUGUUGUGGCAUGAGCACAUUUUGUGCCGUGAGCGCCCUUGUAUGGCAGUGCAUGUGUGUUGCUCGGCAGCUGCCUCUAGACGCCGAGACACGCGUCACCUUCCCAGUCAACAUCCGACGCCGUGUAACGCCACCUCUCCCAGACCGCUACUUCGGCAAUGCACUUGUCAUCAUGAAAGUGGCCUCCACGGUGAGGGACGUUGUCUUGGGGACAUUGGCUGCAAGUGCUGGCCAAAUAAAGAGCACAUUGGGCCGCCUUGAUGGUGAGAUGUUGCAGUCAGUGAUAGACUACAAUGAGAUAGCAGGGAUGUCCAACAAGCCUGCGAAAGGAAACCUACCAGAUACAGAACUGCGAAUGAUUGGUUGGCUAGGCAUGCCUGUUUACGACGUGGAUUUUGGGUGGGGGAAGCCGGAGAUGAUGUCUCGUGCAGAGUCUGUGCGCAGCGGUUUCGUUUAUAUGAUGGAUGGCACCGACAACGAUGGGGGUGGCGUGCGCGUGCUCAUGUGUAUGGAGGCACGAAAGAUGGAGGAGUUCGAGCGACUGCUUUAUGCCAAGUUUGUGCAAUGAGGAAACUAGCUAUCUAGCUACAAACAUAAUGCAUGUUUUCUGUUUUAUUAUCAAUAAUGGAUAUUUCAUGUAAUAAUAUAAUCAAAUACCUCCAUAUAUUUUGGUGGCAUGGUUGUUUCA